CAAUGUGUGGAUCAUGUUCGACAGACAAAACUGUUCUCUGCUCCGCUACUGCAAUCACACAGCCUGCUGCUGUUCAGAGGUGCCUGUCCUGGUGUAACUGUCAAAGCAUAAUGGUGGCAUGCAGAGGAAUCUGGACCAAGGAGUUCUGGAGGGCCGUAUCUGGAGAAUACUUGGCCACUCUCAUCUUUGUCCUUCUCAGUCUGGGCUCCACAAUCAACUGGCCUGCAGGAGAGGGGGAGAAGCCUCCCCCAGCUGAUGUAAUCCUUAUCUCAAUGUGCUUUGGCCUGAGUAUUGCCACAAUGGUGCAGUGUUUUGGCCACAUCAGUGGUGGACACAUUAACCCGGCUGUCACCGCAGCAAUGGUUGUAACUGGAAAGUUAAGCCUAGCAAAGGCAUUAUUCUAUGUGGUGGCUCAGUGCCUGGGAGCUGUUAGUGGAGCUGGGAUUCUCUGUCUAGUCACACCUACUCCUGUUAGAGGGACCCUCGGUGUGACCAUGGUCCAUGCCGACAUCUCAGUAGGACACGCUUUUCUUGUGGAGCUCCUUAUCACAUUUGAACUGGUCUUCACUGUCUUUGCCACCUGUGAUCCCAAACGUACAGAGCUACGGGGCUCGUGUGGCUUGGCCAUUGGCUUUGCUGUAGUGAUCGGUCACUUAUUUGCAAUUCCUUAUACAGGAGCCAGCAUGAACCCUGCUCGUUCCUUUGGGCCUGCAUUGAUCACACUUAACUUCGAGAACCACUGGGUGUACUGGGUGGGACCCAUUCUGGGGGGCAUCCUGGCUGCUGCUCUGUAUGAAUACCUGUACUGCCCUGACCCUGAGUUGAAGAAGAGGCUGAAGCAGAUCUUUCAAAAAGAGCCUUCAGGGAUAUACAAGGAGGUGGAGACAGAGGACAUUGCCACCAAGCCAGGCUCCAUCCACACCAUCAAUCUGGAGGGCACCGAGAAGAAAGAUCCUUUCCUGGAGCCAAUGGGAGAAGUGUCCUCUGCCUGACUGAAACAUGCACUGGAAAUGGAGACCAAUCUGUAGAGCCGAAAGACAAAUCAAACUUUGGAGAAUCUGUCUCUCUCCAAAGACUUUGUCCUCAAAGCAGAAUAUGAUUUCUGUCCAUGAGGCUUCAUAUCAGGGCUGAAUUACUCACCUCAUUGUCAUAAAGCUAAUAUAAUGCAGUCCAACAGACAUUUGCAGCCGGCUCAAUACUAAUCCCGAGGCCCUGAAUGAUUCUGUAGUGGUGCUGGCAUGUGGUGCACAUUGUACGCUGCAGAACAACAGCCCAUAUUGUGUUAAGGAAAUGUAUGCAGGGUCAACCAAUUAUGGUGGGUCAUUAUACUGAAUCGGAUGAAGUGAAGAAGAAAAUGCAGGCUUGUUAUUUUUGGAUUAGUGUCACAUUUGGUUCAUCCACUCUAUAUGUAAUAACUGGGAGGUUUCCCUUGUGAUCAUUAAGCACAUUACAGGGCCCAAGCAAUGUAAGACAGCUCUGACAACCUUUAUUAUCAGGUCCAGUACCAUGCCCUCUAUUUUCAGUGCAUCAGUCAUGUAACAGCUAUUUCAUCUUUA